GGUUUUUGUGACAUGUGCAAAUAUAGAAUUUUUUUGAAAAUGUAAAAAAAAAAAAAAUGUAAUUGGUGACAUCAUCAUUACAUCAUUUCAUAUUAAAAAAAACUAUUUGAGGCUAAACCUACUUUUUAAAACUCAUUUUAAUGUUUGAAACAGAAGCUCGUUGAGGACAGUUGUUUGUGUGAGUCUGAGUCUUCACAGAGCUGGGUCCAGUGUAAACUGUGACGACGCAGGAGCCGCUCUGACCCUCCUCAUGUCCAUAUAAAGAGCGACGUGUCCUGACUGAUCGCACUGGCCGCCUGACGGUCACAUUUUAGCCUAAAGUGGUCACACUGUGAGUAGAACUGCUCCUGGACACAAUACACUGCAAUGUGUCAAAGAGGCUCUGCCCCCGAUCCUGACAUAAGACUGACCAAAGGCCUGACCAAAGGCCUGACCAAAGGCCUGACCAAAGGCCUGACCACAUUAAGUUCUUCGUGCACCAUCAGUACGAGCUUCAGGACCUUCAGGCUCAUUUUCACCUUCAGUUUCACCUCAUUUUUCUCCAGACACAGAAAAACAUUUUUCAUGUUUUUAUUUCAGGAUCUGUUAAACUCGUCCAUAUUUGUCACAUUUCUACUUUUCUACUGUCAUGACUAUAAACUACAGAAUGUCUUAAAUAUCCCAAAGUCUCUUACAUCAGUAAGAAAUCAAACCAUGAAACUAUCAGCCUUUUCUAUCGAUGUUCUGACGCCCUGGUUUAGGUUUAAAUUUAAAUCUUCACUGUAGUGAAGUCUCUGUUUGGGCUUUAGGUUUUAGACAAAGGUUUUGUGUGAAAAGACCCUUGUAGUUCUGGGUUUAAACAGAGACAGAACAUUGGUCCAGUGUUGGGGUAAAAGUUUAAGUUUAGACUCAGUUUCAGGAGCUGCACAGACGUUUGUUUGGUCGAGUAAAGUGUCGCCUUUCCCCUACACCUUAUAAACUUCUACCAAACAAGAACAAUCUGUGAGCGCAGGCUGCUCAGACACGGCUGGAGAAAAGGGGGCGGAGGCUGGAGCGGAGGGAGGGGUUAACUCCAGAGUAUCCAGACAGAACUCCAGACUGAAACCUGAAACAGCAGUGAGACCCGUCUGUGUCGGCCCGGGCUCCAGACGCUCCAGACGCUCACACACUUCUGAUGACACACAGUAAAAAUGAAGAGCUGUGUUUUCCGUCUGCUCGUCGUCGUCUUCAGCAGCACUUUGGCUCAUCCUCUGGCUCUUUACAGCACGUUUGAGGGAAGCACAGAUGAGGAUGAACUUUUAAACUUUACAUCGUCUUUAGCUCCCAUGACCUUGACCUCUGAACUCCUGACCACGCCCCUGGCCCCUGAGCGCCUGACCACGCCCCUGACCCCUGAGCUCCUGACCACGGCCGCCGGCUCCAGCGUGAGCGCCGAUGCCCUAAAGCGAGUGGAGGACUUCCUGAGAGACAACACGCUCCUGAUCCUCAUCACCAUCACUCUGGUCUUCCUCAUGUUCCUCGUUCUCUGUGGGGCCUUUUUCAUGAGCCGUAAACGCAGAUUUAACGCGUACUACCCGUCGUCUUUCCCCUCCAAAAUGUACGUGGACCAUCGGGACAAGACCGGAGGGGCCAAGCCUUUUAGUGACCUGCCUGAAAAAGUGAGUCUAGAGCAGAACGAGACGGUGGACAGCCACAGGCAGCUUCAAGCCGACAUCAUGAGAGCCGCCAGGAGCCUACGGACUCCUCCUAAAGCAGAGGGUCAGGAGCACAGGUCUGAGGAGAUCCACACACGAGACUCCAUCUUAGACUCACUGCUGCCCAGCCUCCCCGAGGAGAGCGAGCCGUGUCAGCUGUCGCUCAGCGAAGCAGCAGUUUCAGAAGAGAGUCUGUCUCAAAGAGAUUCACAGGAGACGUUAAUCAACAGGAGCGAGCGGCCGACCUCGCUCCACGUCCACGACGCCGCCACGCUCCAGCUCAUCGCAGGAGAGAAGACGGCCUUCUGAGGCUCCACGGACCUGCUCCUAAAACGGUUUGUCACAUUUUAAAGGGAUUUUCCUCCUGAUCGUGUUUGCAGGACAUUUCUGCGUUUUGCCUCUGACACAAACAUUUAUUUAGUGCUGAGACUUUUCGUGUUUUACGGUGUUUAACGGGACACGGCUCCUUCAAGACAAAGCCUCAGAAAACUGAGCAGAAAUGUUAAAAAACAAAAGUGAGUUUGCCCUGUGUUUGUCCUAAUACACUUACCGUACUUCAGCAUCUCAUGAAAUGGACUUUAUGUAACACAAAAGUGUGUAUGUGUGUGUAAAUAAACUCAUUGUCUUCCAUAAAAGAAUAAAUAUGACGACCUACGGUG